UUAAGUAAGUUGCACCAGUGUGACACAUGCGAGGGAGAAAAUCUGACAGCGAUGGGCAAAUGACCGCUAUGAAAUAAAUGUAUGUCUGCUCACUAUUCAAUAUCUGUACACAUAACAUCAAUAGUGUAGUACAAGACUAUGUUAUAUUGAUAUAAUAGACAAUGGCUGGGGUUGUGAAAGUGUUCCGGACGGUGCGAAAUCAUUGGAAGAAGUCAACCGUCGGUGUGUGUGUCCUGUCAUACGGUGGAUACUGGCUGUAUGGUAAACACUGUGACAAUGUGUUGCGAAGAGAAGCUUGUCUAGAAGCCAAGCAAUUCGGGCGUCAGCAGAUCGCUCCCCAGGAACAACUGAGAAAGGCCACAGUCAUCCUCAACCCAGCUGCCUGCAGCGGGAAAGCCAACCAGUUGUUUGAGAAGAACGCCGCCCCGAUAUUACACCUGGCUGGAGUGGAGGUGACCGUGGUCAAAACUGACUACGAAGGGCAGGCUAAGAAGCUGCUGGAGUUGAUGGAGCAGACCGACAUGCUGAUAGUGGCGGGAGGAGACGGGACCUUGCAGGAGGUGAUCACGGGGCUGCUCCGCAGGGCCGAUGAGGAGACUUUCAGUAGAACUCCCAUCGGAUUCAUUCCCCUGGGGUCUCACAACUCCCUGAGCCCGAGUCUUCACCUCAUCAGUGACAACCAGGUCCAACACAUCACCUCGGCAACACUGUCCAUCCUGAGAGGAGAGACAGUCCCGCUGGAUGUGUUGCAGAUUAAGGGGGAGAAGGAGCUGCCGGUGUUUGCUCUGACUGGAUUACGCUGGGGUGCUUUCAGGGACGUGGCAGCCACCAUCAGCAAAUAUUGGUACCUGGGUCCAUUGAAAACAAGAGCAGCACAUUGGCUCAGCACAUUACGGGAGUGGCCCCAGGUCCACGAGGCCUCUGUGUCCUACCUGGCCCCCACCCUCCGCCCCCUUGACCUGCCCACCCACAAGCCCCCCCGGGCCAGCCUGCUGAACCGCAUCAUCCGCAGGCUGAAGAACUACUGGAGCCCUCCUGUGGAAGAGCCUCCUAAAGUUGAAGAGCCAGUGCAGUGGGAGGAGAAGCAGCUGUCCACCCUGGAGCUGUCCAUACACACUCACAACAAGAACCCCGUCGAAACGCGUCUAGAUGAUUCCAUGGUGCUGAGUGCCGAGCCAGACACCUUCACUGUUGGAGAGUUCAUCACUGUGGGGAUUAAGAAAGAAGAGGAUCCUACUGUGUUCACUAAGAAGUCCCUGACUGUGGAGGCCAGUAGUGUCCAACUCAACCUGCCCUCGGAAGGGGCGGGCUUCUACAACAUCGACAACGAGGCGUACGAGGCCAUGUCCGUGGAGGUGCAGCUGUUGCCACGGAAACUGCGCUUCUUCAUCAGCGCCGAGCGCAGGGAGCAGCUGCUCAACCAGAUGUAGGAGGGUGGAGGGGGA